AUGUCAAAUCAAUCACAUUUACAAUCACAACAUCAUCAACAUCAAUUAGAUUCACGUAAAAGACAAAAUAAAAGAGACGAUGCUAUACGUAGAAAAAUAGAACAUGAUUUAAAUAAAAAGAAACAUACUAGUAAUAAUAUAUCAAAUAAAGUUAAACAUAAAAAAGCUCAACCUGGUACUGUGUUAAGUUUAAAACCAAGUGAUCCAAUUAUAUGUAAAACUAGAUCUACAGUAUAUGAAGUUUCACAAAUAAUGACAGCUAAAAGAGAAAAUUGUGUUUUGGUAGUAAAUGACAUUGGCGAGUUAUUAGGUAUUUUCACUUCUAAAGAUGUUGCUUUUAGAAUUGUAGGUUCUGGUUUAAAUGCUAAUGUAGCUACAAUUGAUCAAAUUAUGACACCAAAUCCAAUUUGUGCAAAUGCAAAUAAUCCAGCUAGUGAAGCAUUAACUUUGAUGGUUGAAAAAGGUUUUAGACAUUUACCUGUUUUAAAUGAUGAAAAUCAAAUUGUUGGUGUCUUAGAUAUUACAAAAUGUUAUGCACAGCAAAUGGAAAAAUUGGAAAGAAUGCAUGCUUCAAGUAAACAGCUAUAUGAAGCUUUAGAUUUAGUUCACAAUGAAAUGGGUUUCAAUGAACAACCACAACAUAUUUUUCAAUAUUUUGAAAAUUUGAAAAAUAAAAUGAAUGGUCCAACAUUAGAUACCGUAUUGGAUCAUACAACUAUACCCAUUUAUAUUAAUGUUAAAGCAUCUGUAUAUGAAGCUACCAUAUUAAUGAAGGAAAAUAAAACUACAGCAGUAUUAGUUAAAGAUUCAAAUGAUGAAGUUGCAGGUAUAUUCACGUCAAAAGAUUGUGUGUUACGAGUAAUUGCAAAUGGAUUAGAUCCAAAAAAGUGUAGUAUUAUUAGAGUCAUGACUCCACAACCUGAUGUUGCUAAUAUACAUUUACCUAUUCAACAAGCAUUGAGAAAAAUGUUUGAAGGUCAUUAUUUAAAUUUACCAAUUGUUGGAGAUGAUGACGAUAUUAUUGGAAUUGUUGAUGUUUUAAAAUUAACAUAUGCUACAUUGAAUCAAAUUAAACAUUUGGAAGAAAAAGAAAAUGUAAAUUCAACACAACAGGAAAGUUCAGGACCAGCAUGGAAUAAAUUUUGGACUGGAUUAGAUACUGAAGAUUCUGAAUCAAUACAUUCUGACUCAUUGUUAUUCGAAGGAAAUAGUUCAACUCAGCAACAAGCUCCAGAUAUAACACCAAAUGAAUCUCAAUCAUUUAAUAUUGAUCUAAAACCGUCAGAUUCAAUUUCACAUAUUGAUUCACCAACUAAAAAACAACCUGCUGCAACAUCAUCAAUUGCAAAAGUAGACCAACAAUAUAUUUUCAAAUUCAAAUCAUCAGCUUUUGAAGGUAGGGUACAUAGAAUCUCAUUAAAAUUGGAAGAUGAUUUAGAACAUUUAAAAUCAUUAAUAGUUGCAAAAUUACAUUCAAAUGAUUAUGAAAAAUUGGACAUUGAAGAGGAUAGUGAUUCAUUUUCUAUUAGUUACAUUGAUGAUGAAGGUGAUAUAGUUUCUAUAACUUCAAGUCAUGAUUUAACUGAUUGUAUAAAGAUUAAUCAAAAAUUAGAAAAUGAAAUUAUAAAUUUAUACUUACAUAAUCCAAAUAAUCAUCCAGAAAUAGAACCAAUAAAGAAAAGAAAGCAAAAAGAACAAAUCAAAAGUGAGUUUAUACCUGGUAUAUCGAAUGAAAUAUUAAUUCCUGGGGCAUUAGCAGUUUUGGCGACAUCUAUAAUUAUAGGAUUUUCAUUAAGUAGAAAAUAA